AAUCCAAAUUACUUCAACAACAAACCCGAUUUUUCCUUGAAAAAUGAUCUCUUUACAUCGACAAAUCCUUUUCAAAAUAAAGUUAAACAAACCUGUUUCGACCAGUCUGAUUCAACGUUUAUCUGGUCAGAGUGGCAGCCCAGAUGGACAGUCCACCAACGCACCACCCCCACAAUCACCACCCCCUGCUGCAGAACCCAAGGCUGAUUCAGACAACACCACAUAUAAAGUAAAAGAAUAUUACGGAUACAAUGCCUAUUCAUUUUACGACAUUGACAAGGAUAUGUCGAAAUUCAGGAACCCACAGCCGUCAAAAUACGCCUCACCGGAGCCUGCUAAACAAUAGACUAACAAGUAUAGGAUGGUGGAAAAUCGGUUUUUUAGUUAUGAUUGUAUGUUAUGAAGAUUUGAAAAUAAAUUAAUUCAAACUCAA